AUGUCUACAUUUGGAAAUAUUUCAAACUUAGGUGAUGGUAAUGUGUUUAUUACAUCAACUCCUCAAGCCAAAAAACGUCCAAGAGCAAGUAUUUUAUGUAGAAAAAUACUUAGCCCAUGUAAUUUGACUUCAGAAUUUCUAAAUGAUGAAGAGUUUUCUGAAUAUGUACCUGCUAAUGAAAUUCUGGAUAAAAGUAAUAAAAACUGUAGUUAUGCAGAUAAAGAACAAAAAAUAUUUUUGUGCAGAUUUAAAAAUGUGAAUGCUGAGCAAAGAAUUAAAUCUGAAAAUUCAGAUUCAUUUUGUUUAAAACAAGACGAGUCAUUUGAAUACUGUUUGUCACAGGCUGUAAAAAUUGAUUCAUCUUUAGAGAGUAAAAAAGAAGCAGGUCAAAUUUCUGUUUCCAAUUCUACAGAUGUAUUUAGUGAAUUAUCACCCAUUCAAAGUAAUAGCAUUUCCUCCUGCAUAAUACAGAAACUCAAACAUAACAUUUCUUCUACCCCUAACUUAUCUAUUCACAGAGAGAAAAACAGAGCUAGUAUUUUAUUUGCUCUAGAAGAAGCACAGAAACUUCAGGAACAACUUUCACAAAGCUCAGUAGGUCCAUUUUAUGGAUUGCCAUCACGAAUUCCUGAACUUCUAAAAUCUCACAAAGGAAUUGAUGAAUUAUAUACAUGGCAGAAAGAAUGUUUAUUAUUACCAGCAGUGAGAGAAAAACGGAAUCUUGUGUAUACAUUGCCAACCAGCGGUGGGAAAACAUUAGUUGCUGAAAUUUUAAUAAUGAAAGAAUUACUUUGCCAUUUAAAAGAUGCCAUCCUGGUUCUGCCAUACAUUUCUCUUGUACAAGAAAAAGUUCGUGGUCUUGCUCCUUUUGCUGUAGAUUUAGAUUUUGCUGUUGAAGAAUAUGCUGGCAUUAAAGGAACAAUACCUCCUCGUAGGAAAAGAAAACGCCAUUCUUUGUAUGUUUGCACUAUAGAGAAAGCACAUUCACUUGUUAAUUCAUUGAUUGAAGCUCAAAGAAUGACUGAGAUAGGUCUUGUUGUUGUUGAUGAAUUACAUAUGAUAGGUGAAGGUAGUGGGCGAGGGGCUGCUCUUGAGAGCCUGCUAUCAAAAGUUCUUUUUGUAUCAAAGAAAACUCAGAUAAUUGGAAUGAGUGCCACUCUGAGUAAUAUGAAUGAUCUUCAAAAGUUUCUUAAUGCUGAUAUUUAUGAAAAAGACUUCCGCCCAGUUGAACUGAAAGAAUAUGUGAAACUGGACAGUGAACUAUAUGAACUGACAGAUAAACAUUCCGGUGAAUGGCGUCUUGUGCGCAAUCUUGACUUCAAGUACACUAAAGGUAUGCUUAAGCGGGAUCCAGAUAUGAUUACUGGUCUUAUAAUGGAAGUUAUACCUCAGAAUUCAUGUCUUAUAUUUUGUCCCACAAAGAAACAUUGUGAGAAUGUUGCUACAACUGUUUGUCAGUUAUUACGAGAUUCUCUUGCCUCUCACAGAAAAGAAGAAAAGGAAGCUCUUUUGGCAGCAUUAAUUGAGGAUGGAAAUGGUAACGUAUGCAAUAUACUGAAAAACACGAUAAAAUUUGGAAUUGCCUAUCAUCAUAGUGGCUUGACAAUGGAUGAACGUAAACGAAUUGAAGAAGCUUAUCUUAGUGGUGUGCUAUGUUGUUUGACUUGUACUUCAACACUGGCUGCUGGUGUUAAUUUACCAGCUAAAAGAGUUGUUCUUCGUGCACCAUAUGUUGGGAUGGAUUUUAUAACAUUUAGCCGCUACAAACAAAUGGUGGGACGAGCAGGUCGAGCUGGAAUUGAUAAUUCUGGUGAAAGCAUCUUAAUUAUCAAGCAAGCAGAUAGGCUUAAUGUAGGAAAGCUUUUGACAUCUGAUACAGAAUCAUGUAAAAGUAAUUUUAUUACUGAACCAGAGCGUCUUCACAUGCUGCUUCUAAGCUUGAUUGGACUUGGCCUUGCUAACACAAUGAAUGAUAUUUAUGCUUUCAUGGAUCACACCUUAGCUGCAAUUCAAAAUCGAGAAGCUGGUUGUUCUCCAAGUUCCAUUUUUAAAGACACUGUAAAAGAUUUAUGCAACCAUAAUUUAGUAGAAUAUGAUAAAAAUGGGACUUCCUUUUCAGUUACAAAUCUGGGCCGAGCAGCAUUUCGAGGUGGUGUUGACUGUACAACUAUGGAAGAAUUUUUGAGAAGAUUAAAAACUGGUUUAGAGGGACUUGUGCUUCAUUCUCAUUUGCAUUUAUUGUAUUUAGUAACACCAGCAGAAUUUUCGGCUUCUAUACCAUUGGCAUCCGACAUUUUUUUCCAAAGAUACUCUGCUCUGAAUUCUGAAGAUUUAGCUGCUGCAGAGCAGAUUGGAGCUACAGAAUGUGCGGUAAUGCUAAUGGCUAGUGGCCGAUCUUUGGGAAGUGAUGCCAAAGCUUUACUCCAUCAUUUUUAUUUAACUCUAAUAUUAUAUGAUCUUUGGAGACAGAACUCUAUUUGGUAUGUUGCUCAGAAAUACCAAGUUCAUCGAGGUAUUGUACAAAAUUUACUUAAUAGUGCUAGUGCUCUUGGUGCUACUUUGAAUAAUUUUUGUCAAGAGCUUAGUGAGUUCUGGGCAUAUCAACAGUUACUGCCUAAUUUUGUGAAGCAGUUGUCAUAUUGUGUCACAAUGGAACUUCUUCCUUUAAUGGAACUCCCUGCUGUGAAACGUGGUCGGGCAAGACAGCUAUAUGUUGCAGGAUUUAAGUCUUUAGCAGACAUUGCUAAAGUGGAUCCACGAGAAUUGGUAGCUAAAGUGCAUCAUUUACCUUACAAAACUGCAAAUCAGAUUGUUUCUGCUGCCAAAAUGAUCCUUUUAGAAAAAGCAGAUGCAUUAAAAGAAGAAGCUGAGUUAUUAAUUGAAGAUUUUAAUAAGAAUUUUUCAAUGAUAACUGAAGGCCUUUGACCUAACUGAAGGUCUUUGCUUUCAAUUAAUUAAAAUAAUAUCUUGUAAUAUAUACAUAUUAGAUAUACACACAUACAUAGUAAUUUUACUGUGAGUUAUCUUUAGAGUUGUUAUAUCAAAAUGAAACAUAACAUCUUUUCAUAUAUUACUGAAGAAUGUGAUAAUUUUUCUGUGUUGUGUACAAUAAUAAAACCAUUAUCUAAUAGUAUUAAUCAUAUUAAAUAUUCAUUUAUUUAUAUUUUUAUGCAUACUAUUUCUGAAUUUAUUACAGAUUAACUAUAUAAAUAAGUUAUGCAUGUUUAUCAGCAUUAUAGCUA